AUGAGCGGCUCAGCGCCACCACCGUUCAAGGUGCCAGGACACGAGUGGGAUCCCGUCCGCAAACGCUUCUUCAAGUCCCAACCCGCCGCACAGCCGCAGCACAUCCCUGGACCUCGAGGGGCCGGCAGCUCAGCUUCGGGCACGGGUCUAAGCUCGAAGCGCAAUCGGCGGGGACGGGGACGGGGACGCGACGAUGCCCCACCUUCGCCCUCGCCCAACCAGGCCCAAGAGUGGCGCGACCACGCGAGCAGGACAAGAGAGGCGCUGCGGCAUCGUCUCGGCAUCGCCGCCCGCCCUGGCAUGGCGGGGUCCAUGGCCUCAUUGAGGUCGGCCGGAAGGCUCACACUGCACGAAUCCACUCGCCGCCUGGCCAACCCAGCUCGCCACAUCGCUUCCCGUCUGUCGCUCUCGCACCGCGUUAGCCUACCUUUCCUCGGCGCGCCAACGGCCGACAGCGCCAUCAAUCACCUUGCCCUCGGAGAGGACGCCGGCUGCCUCUACGCCAGCUCCCGCACGUCGACGUACCGCGUCGACCUCAUACCCCUCGACCACCCCGGCGCAGACUCCAGGCCCUACUUUUCCCUCGUCUGGCACGAAGGCGGUGCGAGCGUCGUCGUCGAUGCCCGCUGCCCGCGGCCCGGUUUCAGGAAGCAGACGCUCCACUCUCGUCAGGCCGGCUGUCAGAUCCAGAUCGGCAUGGACCGCGGCUCGCCGCACGUCUACCUCCGGUCAGGGAGCAGUCCGUUCUGUAGCGAGCCUAUCCGUCUUCAUGCCAAGGCAAAGGGUGACCUGCUGUGCAGCGCGGUCCGCGACGACCCGCGACGACGCACCCGGCGCUUUUCGGUGCGAGCAGAGGACAUGCGCACGCCCCACGUCCUGCCCUGCGCCGAGCUCGGGCUUGCCUACGGCAUCGGCCCCGUCGUCAUGGUCGGAUCGAUCCGUGAGGAAAAGACUUUUACCCUCUCCGACGCCCGCCGUCUGGGGAGCGACGCGAUGUGCGUCUGCUUCGCCACCGAUACCCGGGUCUACGCCGGCCUGCGUUCCGGCCGCGUCGUCGGCUUCGACGUCGGACGAACGGAUCAGCGCGAUGCGCCACCAAGGGGAUCCCAUGAUGCUGGCUUCGAAGAGCUGGCGCAGGGCGCGGGCUCUGUUACGCACGUGGUGGGCGUGGGCGAGUCGGAGCUGCUCGUCGCAUGGACGACGGGUGAGAUGCGUCUGGUCGACCUCGUCACCAAGCAGACCAAGGUCAGCUUCGUCGGCCACGUCAAUAGCUACACGUUCAACCUGGCACUCGCAGUCGACGCGCAUCACCGCCUCGUCGCGUGCGCGGGGCAAGACGACCAGGUCCGCAUCUGGAGUCUCGACGAUCCCGAGCCUCUUUCUUCUUCCUCCUCCUCCUCCUCUGGCAGCGGCGGCGAUGCCAACCCGAACCUGGGACAGGAUGGCAGCAGGAUCGACGGGCAUUCCGCCCGUGCGUCGUCCGAUGCCGCGGCGGAGGCUCAGCCGGAACAGGGUCGACGGCUCCACGGCUUCAGAUGGAACAACGGAGCGGCGGAACGCGUCGGCGCGCUGCAGUGGACGCCACGCUUCGACGACCUCGUCGUGGCCAGACAGCAGGCUUUCACCACGUCGUCGUCGGCGGCGGGGCCGAAUCGUCGACGAGUCAUCGGUGGUGGUGGUGGUGGCGGUGGCGGCCACAGUCGGGCUCAGGAGGGCCUAGAUGACGACGACGACGACGACGACUUUCUCGCUACGCUAUCCCACGGUCCUCCCGCCCUCAUCGUCGCAGCUGGCGACCAACUGUACUUUUACGAAUGA